UUCUGCAGGACACUUUCAGUUUAAGCGCCAUCUCUCAAGCAGGGCUUCAGUAAUGGCAAGCAGACUUUUUCUUCAGAUUCCUUGCGCUGCAAAGCGAUUCUUAACUUUUAAUCCCGUUCUGAGAGCGGCUCAGUGUACUAUGGGUACGCUUAAAGGGAUUCCAACAGAUGACGAGCAGGCGACCGGACUGGAACGCCGCGCUCUGCAAGCGUUUAAGAAAGGACAGGACCCGUAUAGCAUACUGAAGCCCAAAGAGUAUGCUGGUACCAAAGAAGAUCCACACAUUGUGCCUUGCAUUGGUACCAAAAGACUGGUGGGAUGCGUGUGUGAGGAGGACAACACUGCCAUCGUGUGGUUUUGGGUUCACGAGGGGAACCCCCAGCGGUGCCCGUCCUGUGGGUCCCACUAUAAAUUGAUCCACACUCAGCUCCCACAAUGAACCACAAGGAUGAUGCACUCACUCUCUGCUCCAUACACACCCAAUUUGACCACCUGUGGCCAGGUGCACUGUGUAUCAAUAAAGACUUCUAAUUUCA